UACACUUACGGAGGUGUACGUGAACUACGUCCAAUGUCGUCCGAUAUAAGGGCGUUGUCGUUGGAAUUGGUUUGGGUGUCCCAAUGGGGUAGUGGCAGGUCCAGUAGGGGCUGCAGUUGGCGGCUCGAUCGGAUUCGUCGCAAGCAUGGCGAUGGCGUUAGCGGGUGCCGCAAGGAAGUGAUUUGUUAUGUGAUGUGA